CUAUUUCCUAUGGUUGAAUAAGGCCAAAAUCAGCAACGUCUCAAAAUGCCGAGUAACAAGAUUGAUAAAUCAGAGAGGGCAGAGGUCAGUGAUAAUGUCAAGGUGGUGGUGCGAUGUCGGCCCCUUAACCAGAAAGAGAAGAUGAUGGGAUAUAAACAGUCAGUCACUGUUGAUGAAAUUCGAGGGACCAUUACCGUGAACAAACUUGAGUCACCCAGUGAGCCACCCAAAACAUUCACUUUUGACACUGUUUUUGGCCCAGACAGCAAACAGCUUGAUGUCUACAAUUUAACUGCGCGGCCCAUUAUUGAUUCAGUAUUAGAGGGUUACAAUGGAACUAUAUUUGCUUAUGGUCAGACAGGAACUGGCAAAACGUUCACUAUGGAAGGAGUGAGGGCUGUGCCGGAGCUCAGAGGAAUUAUCCCAAACUCGUUUGCUCAUAUCUUUGGCCACAUUGCUAAGGCAGAGGGCGACACCAGGUUUUUAGUCAGAGUUUCAUACUUGGAAAUUUACAAUGAGGAAGUGAGGGACCUGUUGGGGAAGGACCAGAUGCAGAGGCUGGAGGUGAAGGAGAGACCAGAUGUGGGGGUUUACAUCAAAGAUCUCUCUGGCUACGUGGUAAACAAUGCAGAUGACAUGGACAGGAUUAUGACACUGGGGCACAAGAACCGAUCUGUGGGUGCUACCAAUAUGAAUGAGCACAGCUCGCGGUCUCAUGCUAUCUUCACCAUUACUAUUGAGUGCAGUGAAAAAGGCAUUGAUGGAAACCAGCAUGUUCGCAUGGGAAAACUGCACUUGGUAGACCUUGCGGGAUCUGAGAGACAAGGGAAAACAGGUGCUACUGGUCAGCGCCUUAAAGAGGCAACAAAGAUCAACCUGUCUCUGUCCACUCUGGGCAAUGUCAUCUCUGCACUGGUGGAUGGAAAGAGCACGCACGUGCCGUACAGAAACUCAAAGCUCACACGACUACUGCAAGACUCUUUGGGAGGAAACUCCAAAACCAUGAUGUGUGCAAACAUUGGACCUGCUGACUACAACUAUGAUGAGACCAUUAGCACCUUGCGCUAUGCCAACCGUGCAAAGAAUAUCAAAAACAAAGCUAGAAUCAAUGAAGAUCCCAAAGAUGCUCUCCUACGCCAGUUUCAGAAGGAAAUUGAGGAGCUUAAGAAAAAGCUUGCAGAAGGGGAGGAGAUUUCUGCAUCUGAAGGCAGUGAGUCUGAUGAGAUGGAUGAGGGGGAAGACGAGGGGCAAGACGGAGGAGAACGCCGAAGGAAGCGAAGAGGUACGGGCAGUGCCAGCAGUAGCUCAGAAUCUGACUGCUAUAUAGCUCAGCGUUCUGACGACAAAAGCCAGACUAAUCAAAGAGGGAAGAAGAAGGUAUCGCCAGAUAAAAUGGUGGAGAUGCAGGCAAAGAUUGAGGAGGAGCGGAAGGCUCUGGAAGCCAAACUGGAUAUGGAGGAAGAGGAGAGGAACAAAGCUCGAGCGGAAUUGGAGAAGAGAGAGAAAGACCUACUCAAAGCCCAGCAGGAGCACCAGCUUCUACUGGAGAAACUGUCAGCUCUAGAGAAGAAGGUCAUUGUUGGAGGAGUAGACUUGCUUGCUAAAGCCGAGGAGCAGGAGAGGCUUCUGGAAGAAUCCAACAACGAACUAGAGGAGCGGAGAAAGAGAGCGGAGCAGCUUCGUAGAGAGCUAGAGGAGAAAGAGCAAGAGCGUCUGGACAUCGAGGAGAAGUAUACCAGCUUGCAAGAGGAGGCCCAAGGAAAAACCAAGAAACUUAAAAAAGUGUGGACCAUGUUGAUGGCAGCCAAAUCAGAGAUGGCCGACCUUCAGCAGGAACACAACCGAGAGAUCGAGGGUCUGCUGGAGAACAUACGGCAACUGAGCCGAGAACUCAAACUACAGAUGCUCAUCAUAGACAACUUUAUUCCACAGGAAUAUCAAGAUAUGAUUGAGAAUUAUGUACACUGGAAUGAAGACAUAGGAGAGUGGCAGUUGAAAUGUGUGGCUUACACUGGAAACAAUAUGAGAAAACAAGCUCUUGUCCCAGACAAAAAAGAAAAGGAUCCAUUUGAGGUGGACCUCUCUCAUGUGUACCUGGCUUACACUGAAGAAAGCAUGAGACAGUCCCUCAUGAGAAUGGACAGGCCAAGGAUCUCAAAGAGUGGCAAGUCUAGGCCCAAGACAGGCCGCAGGAAAAGAUCUGCAAAGCCAGAGGCUGUGAUUGAGUCUCUCCUUCAGUGAACGCCCCUUCAGUGGAAGCUUCCGGUAGAGCGAAUAGAGCUUAAGAUUAGAGAGUAAGAAAGUCUUAGGAAGUUUGAGGAAUUUACUGACAAUACUUGUUUAUAAGUU